AUGCAAGGGUACAUCAAUAAGAUGAUUGCAAACAAUUCCGAACAAUAUGGUGUACCUUCGGACGAGAAUCGAUAUCAUAUAGUGCCUAUGCGAGUGGCCGAUGUUGAUGAUGGUCAUGGAAAUACGAGUGCUCUUUACCUAAUCGGAUUUUGGAAUGGUCAAGCAAUCUACAGAACUACUCAUACAGUAGCUCAUCACAUGGAAGGCAAUCAGCUUGGUCAAUAUGAAAUACACUGGCCACCAGUAUUUCCCGACGUCUGGAUACCGGAAUGCGAAGUUCUACAAAUCGACAUCAGCAUUCGUGACUGGUUCGCACCGGUCAUAUUACCUCCAACGGAUGAUAAUGAUGAUGACCUUGAUGAUAUAGAAGAACAGGACGGAUACGACGACGAAGAAGAAGAACGAGAACAAGAAGAAAUUGAAUCUACAUUAUCCUACCUCAAUUCAGUAGAUCUUGAAUGGGCCACUGUAGAUGCUGAUGAUUGCCAUUAG